CUAACCUGUAGAACCUAGCUCACACAAAGCCACAUCAAAGUUAUAUGAUGUUUAGGUUGCAAAGCGUUACUAAUAAUAAUAUUUACGGUAGGUAACAUCAAAGCGAAUAUCCUCGGCACGUGCAAUAUCUACCAAAAACCCUCGUCAGCACUACAUUCAUACACUGUCAGAAUCUGAUUUAAACUGUUCCCGAGUUGUCAGUUGUGCAUCCAGUGCCAUCCAAUGGAGUCGUUUCGGCGUUGUUGUGCUUUGAUUCGCAACUUUUGGAAAUUUGACCCAAACGGAGCGUUUCUUCGGCUGCCCUAUCUCAUGAUGGCCAUAGGAGUGGUGCACCUAGAAGAGGGUGCCCAACGCUGGAAACGCUGGAUGAUGGCAACCAAUUGUUUGCUGGCAACGUACCAAUACUGCGUCAGCGUGGUGGCAGUGUUGCUAGUUUUGCAGAACGGAAAGGGAGCAUUUGCAUUGAUUUGGUCUGUGGCGGCGGUGGUCAGUUUUACGAUUUGUAAUGUCAAGGCACGCGUUCUGCAACAUUAUUUGGGCGUAAUUCGGGAAGUUGGGCGUUUUGUCGAUGGGAAACCGGGGUACUCUGGGGACGCGGAAUUUGAUUUGGCUGUGAGGCAUGAGGUUUUCAAAACCAUGCGCAAAAUGUUCGCAGCUAUUUAUGGGAAUUGUUUCUGCGUUCAGGUGAUAAUGGCGAUGCCAAUUGAGCAGAUUCAGCGAUUAUUUGGGACUCCGGAAGAAUUUGGAGAGCUCGGGCCAGUGGUGGCUCAGCUGGCAAGUAGUGCUGCGUUACUGUUGAAACCGUUCAUUUGGAUGAGCAGAUUGUUCAGCGGUACGGUUACUUUUACGGGACUUCUGGUGGCACUCAAUGCGGAAAUGAAGAUCGUGAGACAUGGCUUUGAAGGCGUUAUGGAUCGUGUUAGUGCUGCGAUCAAUGAGGAUAUAGGUCAAGGUGGCUCGUUGAAUAAAAGAGCUGAACAAAAAAUGUUCUGGAAAAAUUUGAAUGUGAAUGUAAAACUACUUGUAGAUCAACACAUCGAAAUUCUGAGAAACAUUAUCUUGUUAAAGCCGGCCGCUGAAAACUUUUACUUUAUCAUCCAUUACUACUCGUUGGCAUGCGUUUCGGCAAUCAUCGCAGUCAGUUUGUUUGAAGGAUUUUCCUUUGGAUCGGUAGCUAUCGCCGGAACUGCAUGCGGUUAUUUCGCCCAAUGCUAUUGGUGGUGUUACGUAAUCGAUUCUUAUGAGGACAUGAGCUCCGAUAUUGCUGAUCAGGCAUACGCGUUGGCAAUGGAAAUUCGGCCUUCGGAGAAAUUUCGACAAGAAUACAAAAGGAUGAUGAAAAUCUUAAUGAUCGUGCAAAUCAAUGCUGCGAGGUCCAACCUGUUCACUUGCGGAGGAGUAUUCCCAAUAUCGAUAACAGCUUUUGGUGAUUUGUGCAACUUAACCUACAGUGCUAUCACAUUUGUGUCAAGGGUGUCAUAAACCAAUCACAUUGUGGAACUUACAAUCGAUCAUCUCAUAAUGAUGAAUCAAUUAUUGCAUAAAUACUCACGUAGAUGUAAAUUAAACAAAAAUAAAUGGCACUUUUUUUCCUAUUUCCCUCUCAAAAGAGAGACAAAAAUUGCACAAGCAUUUUUCCCCAUUAGAGACCUAAAAAGCAUACCACCUACGUAAUUGAACAAUCCUGUUCAACUGUUCCCCUCAUAUGAAAAAUGCUUCCCAAAUUGCAUUUCCAGCUUGGCACAGAAUAACAAUAAUGAGACAUAAUGUGCACUACUGUUCACAUGAAUGAAUUCAGUGCUCUGCUGUGUGGUGGCCGGCCGGCCAUUCUGCGUUCACAGUCCGUCAUCAACGUACCAUACGUAACCAGGAGAGACUCUGACCGCACAUUUUACACCAGGUUGGGCGUGAGUUCGUGCAGGUGCUGGAAUCUAACGGACCGGUGCGGUACGUUGUCCUUUCCAGAACCAGUAGUAGUCUCAAGUGACGGGUUUCUGCAAAGCCAUGCAUGUUAUAUCUACUGAAAGCAGGUGGGGCAGUUGCCUAGUUAUAAGUGAUGAUAUUUGCUGCUGCUGCUGCAAAAGUUGGAUGAGAAUAAUUAUGUAGUCUGAUGUACCUACGUGUGCAGUGCACUGCAGUGCGAAUUCAUGAGAAUAUUUUUCCAACUGACUGGUUUUAUGAAUGGAUGAUGCUGUGUGGUAUAGGUUAUAUAUAUGCGCAAGAAAUUAGUUCUAUUACUAUAUUUCUUGUUCCUCAACAUCUUUAACAAAGGGUUGUCUUGAUACCCACCUUUAUAUAAAUGUAGAGAAAAAUCAACGCCUGAUUGAGAAAACCCAGAGUGCUGAAUAUCUUUGUGACUGCCAUACAAUAAACGAAUGCAUAAUGGUCAAUUGGUAAAGAAGGUUCUCAGGUCACAACUUUGCUUAUAGAAAGAUUUCUCCCAAAAUUCUAGCCAGAGAUUUGUUUAGAUGAUCAUUUAGAUAUUCCGACACGAGAUUCUUCAGAGAUUACUUCAGAAAUUCCUUCAACGAUUACUGCAGGUGCAGGAGUUUCUUCGAAGAUUCUUUCAGGACGGUUCAGGGAUGCCUCCACGAGAUCCAUCAGGGAUUCAUCCAGAAAUUCCUUCAGGUAUUUCUAUACAAAGUCCUUCAGAGAUUGAUAAGUAGUUCCUUCAGGGAUUUCGUCUGAAGCUCCUUCGGGAAAUUAUUCAGUAGUUCCUUCUGGGAUUAGUCCAAGAGUUUCUUCAGAGAUUCCUACAGGAGCUCUUUCAGAUAUUGCCAUAGAACUCUAAUCAGAGAUUUCUCCUGGUGUUUCUUCAGGGAUCUCUUUAGGAAUUUCUUCUUGAAUCGCUCUGGUGGUUUUUUCAGGGAUCUUUCCAGAAGUUCCGUUAAAGGUUCUUACAGGAAAACUCAGGGAUGUCUCCAGGAGUUCCAUCGUGGGUUUCUAUAGGAGUGCAUCCUGGGAUUCCUCUUGGAAUGUCAUCAAGGAUCUUUCCUGGAUUUUUUUCUGGGAUUACCACAAGAGUUCCAGGUGGAUUUACGGAUGCAUUAAGAAGUUUCAUAAGGA